AUGGUUAAUUGGACUGUUCGUAAACUUGGAAAGGUGAUACCGCCAACAUGCAACGACUACGACCAGUGGACAGUCGUUCAGCUUCGAAAAGAGUGUGGAAGAAAAGUGAGUAGACCUGAGCAGACCAGACGGCUCAGGGCGUAUGAUGCUGCACGCAGAGCUGUCCAGUCUUCAGUGGACGAAGAGUAUCUGUUGGAGUCCAGCCUACGCAAAACAAAACACUGCAUGAUUCGUCUCCUCAAUAUUCUUUUCUCAGAUCACUUUGAGGAGAAACUUGCUUCGUCGGACGAAACAGCGACCCGUGACCAAAUCGAUGCCGGGGAAGUGAACCAAAAAAGCCGCGUUCUGGAAGGAACAAACGACCCUCGCUACGAAGGUAUUAAUCCUUCGGUGAUUGUAGAGCACAACACAACAAAGCUCUACGACAUGUGGAAAUCGGUGAACGGCAAGUUUGUGAAGGCGUUAGCUAGAUUCGUUGUGUCUGGACAAAACUCCAACGAGUUCUACGAUUGUGCGACGCGAAUUGGUGGCAUGCACGAAGAAGACGAAAUCGACUCGCUCAAUAUGCCUGUGUCGGAGAAACCUGUUGCUCAGGUAAAAUCAUCGAAGUGGCAAGAACAAGUGCUCACGACGAUCAAUCGCAUGGUCGACAUCUUCGCAAAUACUCCACAAUCUGCUGUAGCUCUCUCAACGAGUCGCAUUUCACGCGAAGCCCUUGAUGAAGAUUUACUGCUCGGAUGA